CUCCCGAGCCACUGAUAAACCGAGAGCAGCAAAGCGCGAGAGGGACGGAGGGAGUGUGCGGGUUAAUUCCUCAAAUUAACAAAAAUGCAAAUGAUUACAUUAUUCCAGCUUGUUUCUGCCUCAAUAUUGGCACUGGCUGCCAAUGCAGAGGUGUAUUUUAAAGAGCAGUUUCUGGAUGGAGAUGCCUGGAAGAGUCGAUGGGUGAACUCGGAGCACAAAUCUGACUAUGGCCAGUUUAAACUAACCGCCGGAAACUUCUACGGAGAUGCUGAGAAAGACAAGGGUCUGCAGAGCAGCCAGGAUGCCCGUUUCUACGCCACCUCAGGCCGCUUCGAGCCCUUCAGCAACGAGGGCAAACCACUGGUGAUCCAGUUCACCGUCAAACACGAGCAGAAGAUCGACUGCGGAGGCGGAUACGUUAAAGUCUUCCCGGCUGAUCUCAAUCAGGCUGACAUGCACGGAGACUCCCAGUAUUACGUCAUGUUCGGGCCUGAUAUCUGCGGCUAUAGCACCAAGAAGGUCCACGUCAUCUUCAACUACAAAGGCAAGAAUCACCUCAUCAAGAAAGAGAUCAAAUGCAAGGAUGAUGAACUGACUCACUUGUACACAUUGAUCCUGAAUCCGGAUCAGACCUACGAGGUGAAGAUUGACAACGAGAAGGUGGAGUCUGGCUCUCUGGAGGAGGACUGGGACUUCCUGCCCCCGAAGAAGAUCAAGGACCCUGAAGCCAAGAAACCUGAGGACUGGGACGACCGCGCCAAGAUCGGCGACGAGACGGACACUAAACCUGAGGACUGGGAUAAGCCUGAGAACAUUCCCGAUCCUGAUGCCAAGAAGCCAGACGACUGGGAUGAAGAUAUGGACGGAGAGUGGGAACCUGCCAUGAUCCCAAACCCAGAGUACAAGGGUGAGUGGAAACCCAAACAGAUGGACAACCCCAACUACAAGGGUGUCUGGGUGCAUCCUGAAGUCGACAACCCUGAAUACACUCCUGAUGCCGAGAUCUACAAAUUCGACAGCAUUGGAGUCAUUGGGCUGGAUCUCUGGCAGGUAAAAUCCGGCACUAUUUUUGACAACUUCCUAAUCACAGAUGACGUGAAGGAUGCCGAGGAUUUCGGAAAUGAAACGUGGGGUGCUACAAAGGGUCCUGAGAAGAAAAUGAAGGAGGAACAGGAUGAGAAGAAACGCAAAGAGGAGGAGGAGAAGAACAAGGAGCAGAGCACAGAAGCAGGCAAUGAGGAGGAGGAGGAAGAUGAAGGCGAGGAGGAAGAGACCGAAGAGCCUCCAGAGGAGGGAGACGACAAUGAUGCGCUUCCUAAAGACGAACUGUAACGCAGGAAG